AUGAAGGCGCACAAGCUGGUCGCGGAAGCCGCGGCGGCCGUCGCGCGGAGUGCGGCUGAGGGGAAAGGGCGCGGAAGCGGUUCCGAUAAGGGCGCUAGUGAAGGGGGGACGGUGGCGGAAGCGGAAGCUGCGGCGGCGGAGUGGUUUCAGGCGCAGAUGGUGGCGAAUUGCGGAAGAAGCAUGUCGUCUGUGGAGCGCGAACGAGUGAUCCCAGCAUCAUCCAUUGCAAUCUUCAACAUCCACCCAGACUCCUCGUUGCAACAGCAGCCCGCCCCCAGCACCGCCACCCAGCUGCCCGGAGCACAACCGGGCGGCAGGGGACAGGGCGGCGGGCGAGCGGGCGGCAGAGGGGCGGGCGGCAGGGGAGCAGGGAGGGGCGGUAAGGGCGGCAGCGAGUCUGCCGCCGCCCAUGUGGGGCCGACCCUUGCCGACCACCUGAAGCGCACUCUGGGCGCCACGUGGCGGGCGUGCAAGGGCGUGGGGCGAGGGUGCCGCACGGCCAAGCUGUUUGCCAAACACUUGAAAGUGGAGGAGCAGAUUGAGAUGCUGAAAGGGCCCCUUUUCGCCAAGCACGUCGAGGUGGAGGAGCAGGUGGAGGAGCAGGUGGAGGAGCAGGUGGAGGAGCAGGUGGAGGAGCAGGUGGAGGAGCAGGUGGAGGAGCAGGUGGAGGAGCAGGUGGAGGAGCAGGUGGAGGAGCAGGUGGAGUUGCUCAAGGGGCCCGUUCUUAUCGUUGCUGGUACUCCUAAUAGUUGA